UUUUGUAUAUUUAUCAAGGAUGAGGAAAAUCAGACGAGACUCCAGGGACCUGAAGCAAUUAAGUCACAUAUUAUUGCAGCUAAGUCCGUAGCCAACACCUUGAAAACAUCUCUCGGCCCCAAAGGUUUGGAUAAACUGAUGGUUUCCCCUGAUGGAGAUGUAACGAUCACCAACGACGGAGCAACUAUUUUGAAGAUGAUGGAUGUUGAUCAUCAGAUUGCUAAGCUUAUGGUUCAACUCUCCCAGUCUCAGGAUGACGAGAUUGGAGACGGAACUACUGGCGUUGUUGUUCUCUGUGGAGCUCUCCUUGAACAGGCAGAGUUCCUCCUCGACAAAGGAAUUCACCCUAUCAGGAUUGCUGAUGGAUUUGAAAUGGCAUCUCAGUGUGCGAUCAAUAACUUGGAUACUAUUGCCGAUACAUUUCACAUCGAUCCUAAGGAUACUGAGAAUCUGGUGAGAACUGCUAAGACUACCCUCGGAUCCAAGAUCAUCAACAAGUGCCACGAUCAGAUGGCUCGUAUUGCUGUGGACGCUGUUAUGGCUGUUGCUGAUUUCGAGACCAAAGACGUUAACUUUGAACUGAUCAAGGUGGGAUUUAUUUAUUUUGUUAAGGAUGCUGGAGCAACCCUGGCAAUCUGUCAAUGGGGAUUCGAUGAUGAGGCCAAUCAUCUUCUUCUACAGAGACAGCUUCCCGCAGUCAGGUGGGUAGGAGGACCUGAGAUCGAACUGAUCGCUAUUGCUACCGGAGGAAGGAUCGUUCCACGCUUCCAGGAACUCAGUGCCGAGAAGUUAGGUCAUGCUGGACUUGUCAGAGAACUCUCAUUCGGAACCACCAAGGACAAGAUGUUGGUGAUUGAAGAAUGUCACAACUCUAAGGCCGUCACUAUCUUCCUGCGUGGAGGAACUAAGAUGAUCAUUGAGGAGGCCAAGAGAUCCAUGCAUGACGCGCUCUGCGUUGUGCGUAACCUUGUUCGCGACAACCGUGUUGUCUACGGUGGAGGCGCGUCAGAAAUCUCCUGUGCGCUCGCUGUGUCCAAGGAAGCUGACAACAUCAAGACGAUUGAGCAGUAUGCUUUCCGCGCGUUUGCUGAAGCGCUUGAGAUGAUUCCUCUUGCGCUCGCAGAGAACUGUGGUCUUCAACCUAUUCAAACCCUCACAGAGAUUAAAGCCAGACAGGUAUCUGAGAAGAACCCUGCCCUGGGUGUGAACUGCAUGGAGCUCGGCUCCUCCGAUAUGAAGGAGCAGUCCGUCAUCGAGACCCUUCACAGCAAGAAGUCCCAGAUCCAGCUCGCCACCCAGCUUGUUAAGAUGAUCCUCAAAAUUGAUGAUAUCCGUUCACCCGCCGGAAUGUAAAAUCCCAGCCGGAUUUUAUCGUUCAGCCGGAUUCUAAUCUAAUUCAUGAUCCGGAUUAUUUUCUACCACAAAUGCUCGUCUUAACUUGUAUUAAUUAACCAUGUGAUGAAGACCCAAGUUUGAUCUGUACUCGCUGUACUCGUGUUUUUGUGCCAGCACACGCUAAAUACAAACAGCAAUUAAUUCAA